AUAAUAUUAUGCAAAAGUAUGUAUACAUAGGGCUGAUAUGCUCCGGAAGACGGACGUUGAAUUCGACUGGACAAAGUAGGAGUGUGCUCACUGAUAGAAUUCAUGGCCUAUACCAGUUUUAUAAAUGGUUUUUGAACGUGUUCUCAAUGAACCCGAAGUCACCAAGUACCACAGAUUGAAGUCACCACGGAUUCCUUCGCACCUUGGGGUGGACGACCACCUCGUUGACGCUGCCGGUGUGGCCAGGCAGCACGUACAGCACCUUGCGCGAGGAGCUGUCCCACACGUACACCUGCGCGGCCGGGCAGGGGGGGAGAGGGCGAGAGCAGCCGGGGAACAGGAGAGGCAGGCGGCCAGCAGCGAAGCUGUGUAUGUGGCCUGGAGGACGGCGGGAAAGACGGGAGGCGAGAGGGGCCGUUUGCCCACCUGUGAAAACCUUCGUGCAGCGGUUGGGCGGCCCCUGCCAUUGCGGAUCGGCCUGCCAGCGGCGGCAGCAGCCACAGCCCAGCAGGUGCUCUGCCGGCACUGGGGCACCAUCCCCACCGGGACGCGAGGGCAACAGCAACCCCCUGCUGGGAGUACGAGUUAACCUAGGGGCAAGACGGGUUUGAUUCCCAGUUCUACCGUGGUCCAGCCGGGACACAAGGAGGAGGUCAGCUUACAAUUGGCGCUGUGGACCAUUCGCGACCCAUGACAUCUGCAUUGUUGAAGGGGC